GAGGGGGCACAAAUCUCCCGUUUUGGGGGGUCUGAAUUUCCCCCUGCCCUUGCAAACGUGUGUGUACACAGCACGCGUUAUGAGAAGGCACUGCUUGUAAAGUGAAGUGUAAAAGAGAUUGUGGAAACGAGCCGUAGUAAGGAUUCUUUAAAAUGUCACUUYUGUUUUUCCUUUCCAAGAGAAAGCAAUACCUGGUUUUGGGCUCAGUUUUAAGUCCAGGAUUAACCUGGACUUUGUGUCUUUGCAAGCACCUUCUGAAAAAGUAAUUCUGACAGCAUUUUCAACAUGAAGAACUAACACAGGAGAGUUUCAGGAGCACUAAAAUAAUUUCGAUGAUUGCUUCCUGAUCCUUURCAGCUCCUGGGAAAGAGGGUGGUAACGUGCCCACACAUUUUCAAACUAUUAUUUAAAGAUGGUUUGCAGUUGAAGCUGAACAUUUUCUYUGCAGAAAAGAUAAACAGAUAAACUGAGUUGUGUUUGGAUUAAUUUUGUGUGAGCGCUYGCAUCUGAAUGGGAACUGCAGGUAUUUGAACAAAUAAAACCUGUUCCUAGACUAGUUCUUGGAUAGGAUUUUUUAAUCUUCUCCAUCUCUGCUACCAUUUUGCAACUCCUCCAGCAAUAUUCAGGGCUUAUGGCAAAGGCUUUGCUUGUCCUGCAACUGCUUUAUUAAUGAGAACAUUUGUAAUUUCUCACCUCUGUUUCAGGAUUUACAAACGUAUAUGGGAGAUGCACCUUCUGAGCACAUGUGCAGUGUAGAAAUCCCCUCCCAAAAUCUAAAGAUACUGAAUGUUGCCUCUUCUUGGAGAGUGUCAGGCAUUAAUUUUGUUUGUUUGGCUUUGUUCUACACAAGGAAAAUAUUGUUGGCUGGCUGCAACUGUAUGAGCAACACAGGGCUACUUAACAAAAACAUUAAGUAAACAGCACUCGAUUUCUGAGCAGCAGYGCAGGCAGACUUGCAGUUCAUGUCCUUCUGGAUAAACAUCCUGGUUAUUACAGACCAUGGCUCUCCACCCRCGGAGGGUCCGCCUGAAGCCGUGGCUGGUGGCGCAGGUGGACAGUGGGAUGUACCCCGGGCUGAUCUGGCUGAACCGGGAGGCRAAACGCUUCCAGAUCCCCUGGAAACACGCGACACGACACAGCCCCCAGCACGAGGAGGAGAACACCAUCUUCAAGGCAUGGGCCGUGGAAACAGGAAAGUACCAGGAAGGAGUGGACGAGCCAGACCCUGCAAAGUGGAAGGCUCAGCUCCGAUGUGCACUUAACAAGAGCCGGGAAUUUAAUUUGAUGUACGAUGGCACCAAGGAGGUGCCCAUGAACCCCAUUAAAAUUUAUGAAGUGUGUGACAUCCCGCAGUCACAGGGGUCAAUCAUUAAUCCAGGUUCCACUGGCUCAGCUCCGUGGGAUGAAAAGGAUAAUGAUCUUGAUGAUGAAGAGGAGGAAGAAUUGAAUCAGUCUUGUCCCAAUGUCCCAAUUCAAGAGACAUUUCCAUUUCUUAAUAUCAAUGAUUCGCCCAUGGCUCCAGCCAGUGCUGAAAACUGCAGCUCUGAAACCGUGUGGCCAAAGAACGAACCCCUGGAUAUGGAAAUGCCCCCGACGGCACUGCAGCACGACUUCUUCAGCAGCCCCGAGCUCUGGAUCAGCUCCCUGCCAAUGACAGACCUGGAAAUCAAGUUUGAAUAUCGAGGAAAGGAGACAGGACCCACGACGACCGUGAGCAACCCUCAGGGCUGCAGACUUUUCUACGGAGAGCUGGGUCCCAUGCCAGACCAGGAGGAGCUUUUUGGGCCCAUCAGCUUGGAGCAGGUGAAGUUCCCAGGGACGGAGCAGAUCACCAACGAAAGGCAGAAAAUCUUCACCAGUCGGCUGCUGGAUGUGAUGGACAGGGGACUGAUCCUGGAGGUCAGCGGCCACGCCAUCUACGCCGUGCGGCUGUGCCAGUGCAAGGUGUACUGGUCAGGGCCCUGYGCGCCCUCCUCCACCACCCCAAAUCUCAUCGAGAGGCAGAAGAAGGUCAAGCUCUUCUGUCUGGAAACGUUCCUAAGCGAGCUGAUUGCCCAUCAGAAAGGACAAAUUGAGAAGCAGCCACCAUACGAGAUCUACUUCUGUUUUGGGGAAGAGUGGCCKGAUGGAAAACCCAGGGAGAGGAAGCUGAUCGUGGUGCAGGUGAUCCCCGUUGUGGCACGGAUGAUCUACGAGAUGUUCUCCGGAGACUUCACGCGCUCCUUCGACAGCGGCAGCGUGCGGCUGCAGAUCUCCACGCCGGACAUCAAGGACAACAUCGUGGCACAUCUGAAGCAGCUCUACCGGCUGCUGCAGAACCACCAGGAGGGCUGGCCCAUGCAAGCCCCGGCCAUGCACAUGGCACAGCCCCUCCCCGCACAGUGACAGACCCYCGCCUUCCUCCGGGGUUUCCUAUGUUGUACAUAGAGAGAAAUGUUUCUUAACCAGUGCCUUGCCUAAAUCUGAAGAAAUAAAAUCUGUAAAUCUCGUCAUCUGAUUCCACAAGUCCAGCARUCUUUGGUGCUUUUAUUUUGGAAGUGGCUCAAAACAGAGGGGAUUACAGGAAUACUUCCAACUCCUUCACCCUUUUCAGCUGUUUCCUUAAGCAACCCAUCUGUAUAAAUCAGAUUUUCAAUUCUGUAAUAUUUUUUAAUUACUAUUAAUGCAAUGUAUAUAAACACUUGAUCAUUAGAGGGGGGGGAAAGAAAGUAAUGUGUCCUCUAUUAAACGUGCCUGG